UAUCAAAUAUGUACAGAAUUUCGGUUCGAUGACCGAGAGUUAUCUUUUAUUAAAAAAAUAGUUAUUACAAAUCAAUACUCGUGAAAGUUACAUUCAAUAAAGCUGUCCAAUGUAAAUACUUCAGUCAUCAUGAUGGAUAUGACAGCGUUUAUAACUGACUUUAAGUGGAACCAUGGGUUGAAUUAUUAAAAACAAUAACGGAACGAAUGGAUCACCGUUGUACUGUAAAAAGACAGCACUAUGAUGCUGGUGCGGAUCAACAUGCGCACAGCGUUGGCUGCGCUGUGCAUUGCAGUCCUUCUCAUUAUUGUCUUUUGGAGCCGCUGCGGGGAGUUCUCGCAUAGACCAAUAGCCUCAGUGUUGUCUUAUGGUGUCUUGGAGCGAGUAGCUGACACGAGCGGGGUUGGGGGGCAGGAGAUCGAGUGCGUCAUCAACGGCGAGUACUCUGUGGCGUGCCGUCGCGACAGGGACCAGGUCUACCUGCCCUUCUCCUUCAUACACAAGUACUUUGAGGUUUAUGGCAAGAUAACAUCGACGGAUGGCGUGGACAGGUUUGAAUGGUCCCACAGCUAUAGUAAGAUUUACCAUCCGAAAAAAAAGUAUGACCCACGAGGAACAUUCACCACGUUUGAGAACUACAAUGUCGAAGUGCGAGAGCGAGUCAAAUGUAUUAGUGGUAUAGAAGGUGUCCCGGUGUCUACCCAGUGGGAACCACGUGGGUUUUAUUAUCCCACUCAAAUAGCCCAGUUUGGUUUAGCACAUUAUAGUAAAAAUGUCACCGAACCCGAGCCUAGGGUGAGGAUCAUAGAUGAUGGAGAUAAAGUCUUGGAAAACUGGAUCGUUAGUAAAGAUGCGACAAUUUCGAGGGAAUAUGAUCAGGAGAUGAAGUCUAAAGUGCUGAAGUUCUCCACCUCUGACCAUGUAUCCAGUCAGGUGUGGUUGAAAGUGAACAUCAGUCAGGAUUUUGUGCUCAGUUUGGAUGUGCGGUUCAAACCGAAUUCAUCUAUGACUGUGGUGCUGCAGAAUAAAGACAAAAAGGAAACUGUUUAUCUGCAUUAUGUUACUAGUAAUCAGUUAAUAUAUGCUCAGGAGGACCACAUUUAUCACGGCAUCGGCACAGAAGUAAAAUGGCGACGAAUAACUCGCGACCUGAUCAUCGAUAUGCAAAAAGGCUGGGCCUUGCAAGAUCGACCCAAGAGGAAAUCGCCCAGGAAUAAGUUUAGGAUAUGUAGUGUGAUGCUGAGCGGCGCGGGAGCAGUGUGCGGGGUGCGGGUGUCGAGCAGCGAGCACAUGGCGCACUUCUUCGCGGCUGCGGACUGGCUGGCGAGCGGGCAGCGCGCGCGCGGCGGCUGGCCCGUGCUCGCACGUCGCCAUGUUGGCUCCACAGUGCCCGACCUCAAGCCCGGAUGGUUGUCGGCGAUGAGUCAGGGUCACGCGAUCUCUGUACUGUCGCGUGCGUACCACCGCAGCGGGCGAGUGCGCUAUCUGCGAGCCGCACAGCGCGCGCUGCUGCCGCUCGAUGUACACAGCCGGGAUGGCGGCGUCAAGGCAUUGUGGAUGGACAAAUACGUCUGGUACGAGGAAUAUCCGACCACACCACCUCUGUUCGUGCUCAACGGCUUCAUCUACACGCUGCUUGGCCUCUACGAUCUGCACGUCAUCGAGGGUGAGAACUCUAUAUCCUUAGCUAAGAAGAUGUUCGACGACGGCAUGACCUCCCUCAAGACGUUACUGCCGCUCUUCGACACCGGCAGCGGCAGCUUCUACGACCUUCGCCACUUCACUCUCGGAGUGAGUCCCAACCUCGCCCGCUGGGACUACCACGCCACUCAUGUCAACCAACUGUACCUCCUCGCCGGCCUGGACCCUGACCCCAUACUGAUAGACACGGCCAAGAGGUGGGAAGGUUACAUGCAAGGCAAACGAGCGGCGCACAAUUGAGUACAAUAAAUACAAAGUUGAGUAUUCAUAUGCCCGCAGUCGCUAUCAGCGAUGAGUGGGAGAAUAACGGCUCAAUUGAGUCGUGAAUCUUGCCUUCAAGAUAGCAUUGCUCGGUGCUGGUCUUUUUGUCAAAUGGAUUAUGAGCGAUGACUGUAUGGCUUGCCAAUUACCUUAUGGUAUGAUUUCUUGUAAGGAAUAUUACUCUGAGUGCUAGUUUCGAAGAUGUAAUGACUCGAGUGAUGAAGAAAUUUGUUUUGUUCAUAU